AACAAAUUCCCCGCCGCUCUCUUGAAGCUCCUCUGAACAACUCCAGCUCCACGGCCCUUCGCCACCGUUGCAAGCAACGCCGGAAGUCACCGCCACGCGAGCUCCGUCGAGCUAGGCAGCAAUCGCCACCGCCGAGUUGUUUUUGUUACGGUGUAGUCAGUAUAUUUUUUACUAAACCCUAAACCCGCGCUUUCUUUGUCUUUUUGUUUCCUGGCUGAAGGCUGUUUAGUUGAAGGUUUCUGAUUGAAGAAGAGGAUGGGGAUAUUUGAGCCGUAUAGAGCUAUUGGAUACAUAACGAGCAGCGUUCCUUUUUCGGUUCAGCGACUUGGCACCGAAACGUUCGUUACCGUUAGCGUUGGAAAGGCUUUUCAAAUUUACAAUUGCGCUAAGCUCACAAUGGUACUAGUUGGUCCUCAAUUACCGAAGAAGAUUAGGGCACUUGCUUCAUAUCGUGAUUACACAUUUGCAGCAUAUGGUAAUGACAUUGCUGUUGUCAAGCGUGCUCAUCAGCUAGCCACUUGGAGUAGACACAAUGCCAAGGUUAACAUGCUACUGUUAUUUGGAGAACAUAUUCUAAGUGUUGAUGUUGAUGGUAAUAUGUUCAUAUGGGGAUUUAAAGGAAUUGAGCAGAAUCUUGCACCCCUUGGGCACAUUAAGCUAGAUGACAAGUUUACUCCUACCUGUCUAAUGCAUCCAGAUACUUACCUAAACAAGGUAUUACUAGGUAGUCAGGAAGGUACAUUGCAGCUUUGGAACAUUAGCACAAAGAAAAAACUUUAUGAGUUCAAGGGAUGGGAAUCAUCUAUCUCUAGUUGUGUUUCAUCACCGGCUCUUGAUGUUGUUGCGGUUGGUUGUUCUGAUGGGAAAAUUCAUGUUCACAACAUUCGUUUUGAUGAAGAGUUGGUUACAUUUGUACAUUCUACAAGAGGCUCUGUUACUGCCUUGUCAUUCAGCACAGAUGGACAACCUCUUCUAGCGUCAGGAGGUUCAUCUGGUGUCAUAAGCAUAUGGAAUCUUGAGAAAAGAAAGCUCCAAUCAGUUGUAAGAGAGGCUCAUGAUAAUUCAAUUGUUUCAUUGCACUUUUUUGCUAAUGAGCCUGUGCUAAUGAGCUCGUCAGCAGACAAUUCAAUCAAAAUGUGGAUUUUUGACACAAGUGAUGGAGAUCCUCGUCUAUUACGCUUUCGAAGUGGGCAUAGUGCUCCUCCACUUUGCAUCAGGUAUUAUGCUAAUGGGAGACAUAUUUUAUCAGCUGGUCAGGAUCGUGCGUUUCGCCUAUUCUCUGUCAUUCAGGAUCAACAAAGUCGGGAGCUUUCACAACGACAUGUAUCCAAACGAGCCAAGAAACUCAGGAUGAAGGAAGAAGAGAUAAAACUGAAGCCUGUUAUUGCAUUUGAUUGUGCUGAAAUUAGGGAGCGAGAUUGGUGCAAUGUGGUUACAUGCCAUAUGGAUACUGCACAAGCAUAUGUUUGGAGGCUUCAAAACUUCGUUCUUGGUGAGCACAUUUUGAGGCCAUGCCCAGAAAAUCCGGCACCUGUUAAGGCAUGUGCUAUUAGUGCAUGUGGUAAUUUUGCUGUUCUGGGGACAGCUGGUGGUUGGAUUGAGCGAUUUAACCUUCAAUCAGGAAUCAGCCGAGGCAGCUACCUGGACAUGUCAGAAAGAAAAAGCUGUGCCCAUAAUGGGGAAGUGGUUGGGGUUGCUUGUGAUUCAACAAAUACUCUAUUGAUCAGUGCUGGAUAUCAUGGAGAUAUAAAGGUUUGGGAUUUCAAAAGACGUGAAGUAAAAUCCAGAUGGGAAAUUGGCUGUUCUGUGGUUAAGAUUGUUUUCCAUCGAAUUAAUGGUCUUUUGGCUACUGUAGCAGAUGAUCUAGUUAUCCGUUUGUUUGAUGUUGUGGCAUUAAGAAUGGUUCGUAAAUUUGAAGGUCAUACCGAUCGGGUUACAGAUUUGUGUUUUAGCGAGGAUGGAAAGUGGCUUUUGUCAUCUAGUAUGGAUGGGACUCUUAGAAUUUGGGAUGUCAUCUUGGCAAGACAAAUAGAUGCAGUACAUGUCAGUGUGUCCAUCACAGCAUUGUCUCUUUCACCUAAUAUGGAUGUUUUAGCAACUACCCAUGUUGAUCAGAAUGGGGUCUACCUAUGGGUAAAUCAGUGUAUGUUCUCCGGACCAUCAAAUGUUGAUUCUUAUGCUAGUGGGAAGGAAAUUGUGAGCGUUAAAAUGCCAUCUGUUUCUUCAGUCGAAGGUUCUGAAGACAAGCAUUCUACUAACCUUGUUGUAGACUGCACAGAAUCUAAAGACACUUCUGUUUCUUCAACUUUCAAUCAGCAGAUCCCUGAUUUAGUUACUCUGUCACUGUUGCCUAAAAGCCAAUGGCAAAGUUUGAUCAAUUUGGAUAUUAUAAAGGCUCGGAAUAAACCAAUCGAGCCUCCUAAGAAACCUGAGAAGGCUCCAUUCUUCUUGCCUUCAAUUCCAUCUCUUUCUGGCGAGAUAUCCUUUAAGCCUAGUGAGUCCACGAAGGAUGAAGAUACAGAAAAUGACAAAGAGGAAAGCAAAAGGAAAUCAGAUUUGCCACCAUCACAGUUUCUGCAACUUCUUCAGUCUUCUGCAGAUAUGAAAAAUUUUUCAUUAUUUACCGAUUAUAUGAAAAGUUUAUCCCCUUCAACUUUGGAUAUGGAACUCCGGAUGCUUCAGAUUAUAGAUGAUGACGAUGAAGAACUUGAUAAAAGACCUGAGUUUAUUUCAAUUGAACUGCUUCUGGACUAUUUUAUGCAUGAGAUUUCCUGCAGGAACAAUUUUGAGUUUAUACAAGCUGUUAUCAGGUUGUUUCUGAAGAUACAUGGUGAGACAAUACGAUGCCACUCCAAAUUACAGGAUAAAGCAAGAGAGCUUCUCGAAGUUCAAUCUGCAGUAUGGGAGAGAAUAGACAAGCUGUUCCAAAGUGCUAGAUGCAUGGUCAGUUUCCUCAGUAAUUCACAAUUUUAGUCAACCUGAGGUAUCGGCUUUUAUUCUGCAAUUUCCAACUCGAAUCGAGUCAUUUCUCGUGCAUCCAAUUAUACCAUAGUCGCAAUUUUAUUUUAUUUUUAUUUUUUUUUUGUAUUUAGGCUUUUUAGUUUUGGGUGAUGCUCUUUUGUCCUAUCGAGCUUGUAUCUUAUUUUUGCUAUAAAGCUAGCUUGUCGAAGUUCAAUCCGCAGUAUGGGAGAGAAUAGACAAGCUGUUCCAAAGUGCUAGAUGCAUGGUCAGUUUCCUCAGUAAUUCACAAUUUUAGUCAUCCUGAGGUAUCGGCUUUUAUUCUGCAAUUUCCUACUCGAAUCGAGUCAUUUCU